AUGAAAAUUAAGAACAAGUUAAAGCAUUUUUCAAGGAAGUGUUUGUUGAAUGCCUUACCGGUUAAAAGUGUGCUAGCAAAAAGGCUAAGGCUACAAGAUGCGACAUGUAGGGUAUGUGGGAUGGAAGAAGAAGCAGUUGAACAUAUGUUCUUUCACUGCCCUAGAUCUCUAGCUGUCUGGAAAAUGAGUCCUUUUUUAUGGCCUAAUAUCGAUAGAGUUAAUAAUUUUGCUAGUUCGUGGUAUAAUUUUUUUUUGAAUGCUAAGAAAUUUCCAGAGCCUAUGAAUCUUUUGAAUUUAUCUGUGCAUCUAAUGUGGUUUAUUUGGAAAGCUAGGAAUAGUUGGACUUUUAAUAAUGAAAUGUGGGAUGUUUCUAACAUUAUGUCACAAGCAUUAUUUGAUUACCAUAAGUUUAAAGAACUUGGCUCUAUCAGUAACACCCAAAAUGAUAUAUCCUUAAUUGAUGAGCAACUAAUCUUUUGUCAAGAUGAGGUUUUGUUUUUAACGGAUGCAAGUGUGCAAAAGGACACAGGAGAUUCCAGUAUUGGUGUUGUGGCAGUUGAUGCUCGUGGUUCGAUGCUUCAUGCCUUUGGCUCUCCAAUUCAGUCAGUUGGGAAGCCAAGCAUCGUUGAAGCAAUUGCAGUUAGAGAGGCAUUGAAGAUUGCGGGUCACAAAGGAUGGAGGAAAGUGCAUAUUCUAUCGGAUGCAAUGAAAUUGGUAAUGAUAAGUCAAGGACUGAAGUCAGCACCUUGGCCUGUGCAAAACGUAUAG